AUGAGGCAGCUCCGCCAGCAACGGCUACGAAAAAAAGAGGCUAAAAUACUCGCAGUGAGGAGCAGAAAUCCUCUAAGUGACGUGUUGUUUUCAACGAUGUAAAGAAACGGGACUGAGAGGCCGUUUGUUACAGCAGCAGGACCCAUGACCCUGACACGAGGAUCCUUCACCUAUUCCAAUGGCGAGGAGUACCACGGAGAAUGGAAAGAAGGUCUGCGUCACGGCCUGGGUCAGCUGACCUUCAGCGACGGGACGUGCUACACGGGCCAGUUUGAGAACGGCCUCUUCAACGGCUGCGGCGUGCUGGUGUUUCCUGACGGCUCCAGGUACGAAGGAGACUUUGUUCAGGGGAAGUUCCAAGGUUUCGGCGUCUUCACUCGCUUCGACAGUAUGAAGUUUGAGGGCGAGUUCAAAGGCGGAUGUGUGAAUGGCCACGGAGCGCUGAGCUUGGUGGACGGAGGCCACGGCGGAGCAGGCAGCAGCCACGAGGGCGUGUUCCAGACCAGCCAGCUGACGAGGAGGGAGAGCGGCCACGCGGCCGUCCAGAGGGCGCAGGCGGCAGCCGCCAAGGCCCGAGCCCUGGCCAUGUGACACGUUUACAUCACCCACAGUGCCCGGAACCAGGACCAUCCUCCACCAUCCCUGUUUACGCUUUACCUGCUGAGUAGGACAUUUAUACCCGCCUCUCAUUUAUUCUGUUCAAAGUCUUGAACUUCUUUGACAAUGGGUUAAGAUUUAUAAAUAUUUUUACUGUUAUGAUGAAUUUUCCAUGUGCACAUUCUCUAAAAAAUAAAUAAUUAAAUAAGAAUACCUCCACUAAGUCACUAUGUAUGAAGGAGCCACUGAUUCAGGAUCGGCUGAGCCAAACUCAGAUUUACUUUUUAGUUCACUCAUUGGUGCUAAAUCUGAUUCAGGGUUUUAGAGCCUGACAAUGAGAUUCAAAAGGUUGUAUAUACAAAGCUUUUUCCUGCUGAUCACACUGAUCCGGUGGUUUGUAUGUAAACGUGGGUUUAAACCGGGCUUUACAUAGUUCUAACUGAUCUAGGCGUCUGUAGGAGCAGCAUGCCGUCAUAUUUGAUCAAAUCAGACUGAUGCCUCUGAAAUCCCUUGCUAAUUAUUUUGGGUUUCAGCUUUUACAAUGUGCAAAGAAAAAGGCUGAAAAAGGGGAAUUUAUGAAAGGUAAACUCAUGAAAGGAAUAAAAAGAAGAAAAAACCUUGAGAAAAGCCCCAACUUUGUAUCAGGUGGGUUGUUUGCCACCACGUUAGUGUAGACAGUAGAGAUCUGGUCACUUGUGGA